AAUAUCGAUCGUUGCGCUGCAGGAUCACGUGCCGCAGGCGGGAUCGAGGAGGGAGCUCCGACAAGAAGCUCAAGAAUUCGCGACAGCUCCCCAGCUUAUCUUGACCUUGAUUCCUGGCCCAUGGAACUCCUUCCCUCACAGUAUCGUUUCCACUCUCGAUAAGAGAUGGCAUCCCAUCAGAUCGCCAUCGCGAAAGCGUCCUUCUCAGCGGGACUCCUACGCCCCGAUCCGACCUCCGUCCCUCGCGACGAGAUCACCGGUUUCCACUCCGCGCUGGACAAAGCACUGUCGCAUUGCUCUCCGGCAAACAUCCAGGUCUGCAAAGCAUGGCUUCUUAGGAAUGUUGUCCAAUCAUCCAACAGGGUGGGAGUGCUGGGCAAGUAUCUCGUUGUGCUGUCCGAGUCAUUCAAGCCCACGGAUGAAAAGUCCAGAGAACCCAAUCCACAGGGUCGCAGAGAGAUAUCUGGAAAGCGCAAGAGGUUACACAUCCUCUACCUACUCAACGACCUCUUCCAUCAUACCAAGUACCACUCCGAAAACAAUGUUGCCUUCUCGACGGUUACGGGAGCGCUGCAGCCAUACAUUAUCGACCUGAUCGGCCAGGCGGCAGCGUUCGACCGCGAGAAGAAUCCCAAGCACCACAGACGACUGGACGAGUUACUGGAUAUAUGGAAGGCCAACGGAUACUAUAGCUCGGACUAUGUCGACAAGCUCCGAGAAGCGGUCCGCAACUCAGCAUCUGUUGAUGCCAUCAAAGCUUCCGUGGGGAUUAGUGAUGCCAAUGCAGAUGUUGCGAAAACGGCUACGUCAAAGGAUGUUCCUUUCGUUAUGCCAGCCACCCACGGAGAUGCGUCUACACCGUAUUACGACCUCCCAGCCGGGAACUUGGUUCCCCAUAUUAUACCCGACUCGACGGCGCCUAUACGGCCGGACGCCGUGAAGCCACUGCAGUUCCUUGCCGGGCCCGCAGACCAGAAACUGGUAACGGCCCUCAAGAAAUUCCUGAAGGAUGUUGAUCGCAUAUACGAAAAUGACGAACCGGAACAUGAUGAAAACACUGUCAUCGACAUUGACGAGAUGGGCCAGACGGUAGUCCGAGACGAGACUACCGGUGAGAUCGUCGGAGGAGAGACGUACUACGGAUGGUCCCGUGGGUUCUGCGAGCAGAUGAAAAAGAGGAGCGGGAAGAUUUCAAGAGGCCGGAGUCGGAGUCUCAGUCGGAGUCGCAGUCGCAGUCGCAGCCGCAGUGGAAGUAGGAGUUCAAGCAGGAGUCCUCGAAAGCGUCGUCGUUACAGUGGCAGUCCUAGCAGCGAUGGCAGACGCCGCUCACGCUCCAGGUCGCAGAGCAGUUCUCCUUAUAGACGUCGUUCCCGACGGCGCCACUCCUAUUCUCGUUCACGGAGCCCUUCAAGACGCCGCUCCCGUUCUCCAUCCCGGGAGAAGUCUUACUCUCCUCGACUAGCAUCGCCUCCGCGAUCCUCUUUCCCGCAACCACAUCACUCAUAUCCCCCACCACAGGGAAUCCCCAUCCCUCCCCCCCCAGGCCAGUUCCCAUUCGCCCCUCAGAAUUUUGUCCCUCUGCCUGGACCGGGCGGAUAUCCUAUUCCUCCGCCCCCGCCCCCGCCCCCGAACUAUCAGGGCCCAUGGCCACCUCCACCUCCGCCUCCACAAGCAGGAGGAGCGUUUCCACCACCGCUUCCUGGUGGUAUAGAUCCUCGCACAGGAAUGCCUGUCCCGGGAUUUCCUUUUCAACCGCAAGGGGGGCAAUAUCUCCCACCGCCUCCUGGGCAGUACCCCGGAUCUCAUGCACCAUGGGGCCAUCAGCAACCAGGUGGCAGAGGAUACCCUCCCCAAGGCCGUGGUGGAUGGCGAUAAGGAUUGAUUUUCUAAGUGACCAUGCAAUUGCUUGCAUGCAAACAUGUACAUGUACCAUACAAUAGCACCCAAUACCAUGAAAGAAAUGACAGAGAGGACAUAUAAUAAGGCCAUAUUCAAACCAAAGCAGGAAACUACAUGCAGAACAAUAUCUAUCAUCGGAACCAAAUUUAACAAUGAGAAAGAAAUAUUCCAUAUUAUUCAUUCUAAAUCGAACUGACUAUAUAAGUAUCGACACUCCAUUCAUCCUCCCUUUUCUUUCUAUACUUGAAAAAGGGAAACAAAAAAAAAAAAAAAAGAA